CCCAGGGACGCCGCGGGGGUGAUGCCAGAAGGAGCCCGGCAUGCCGUACCUGGACCGACAGAACCGUAUCUGCGGGUUCCUGGACAUUGAAGAAAAUGAGACCUGUGGCAAGUUUCUGCGGAGGUAUUUCAUCCUGGACACCCAGGCCAACCACCUCCUGUGGUACAUGGACAAUCCUCAGAACCUGGCCAUUGGAGCAGGUGCUGUUGGAUCUCUGCAGCUGACCUACAUCUCCAAGGUUAGCAUUGCCACCCCGAAACAGAAGCCUAAAACUCCAUUCUGCUUUGUUAUCAACGCUCUAUCCCAGCGCUAUUUCUUGCAAGCCAGUGACCAAAAGGACCUGCAGGACUGGGUGGAGGCACUGAACAGGGCCAGUAAGAUCACGGUGCCAAAGGGUGGCAGCGUCCCACCGGCCACGGAAGUCACCAAGGUGGUGUCCCAGGCCCAGGAGAGGAAGCCCCAGGUGGCCUACAAAACCGAGAUUGUUGGGGGGGUAGUGGUCCACACACCCAUCUCCAUCAACCAGGACGGGGAGGGCGGCGAGGCGGGUGGGCACCCUCUGCUGCGGCGCUCCCAGAGCUACAUCCCCCCCUCGGCCACCAAGCCGCCCGCCGGGCCAGCCCCACUCAAGAGCGGCUUCUGCGUCAAGCAGGGCAACGUGAGGAAGAGCUGGAAGCGGCGGUACUUUGUUCUGGAUGAGUUUUCUAUCAGCUACUACAAGUGUGAGCAGGACAAGGAGCCUUUGCGUUCGAUUCUCUUGAAAGAUGUUUGCAAGACCCACGAGUGCCUGGUCAAGUCUGGUGACCUCCUGAUGCGAGACAACCUCUUUGAAAUCAUAACGAGCUCCAGAACCUUCUACAUCCAGGCAGACAGCCCCGAGGAGAUGCACAGCUGGAUCCGGGCAAUCACAGGGGCAGUGCAGGCCCUGAAAACCCGCCCCAGGGAGAUGUCCUUUAUGAGAUCCACCUCUGUGGCCAGACCCGGGGGCUCCUCGGGCCCCUCGCAGCCACGGCCGUCGGCGGAGGAGCGGCGAGCCUCGUGCAAGGCGCCCUCCACGAGCUCCUGGCAGCCCUGGACGCCGGUGCCGCAGGCCGAGGGGCAGCGGCCGGCGCUGGGGGGGCUGCCAGCCCCGCUCAGGGACUCGGUGUUCGUGCCAGCGCUCUCGGAGUGCCAGGGCAGGGCCGUGCCCGGCACACGCCUGCGGCACCGCUCCGAGCCGCAGCACCUCAAGGAGAAGCCAUUCGCCUUUGACCUGGACGAUGAAAGUAUCCGGACCUCCGACGUCUGAGCGGCCACCGAGCCACUCCCGGCUCCACACACCGUCUCCCGGGAUCCCUGUGGGUGGUCUGGGGUAGGCCAGGUGGUCCCUUCCCUCCACCACAGCCCUUUCCUGCCACGCAGGAUCCGUCUGCACCCACACCCUGGUGCCCUGCUCUGCAGGGCGGGGGUC